GUUUUAAUAGCGUAUGGAUGUCUUGAUUCACCUACAAUUUCGUCUAUAUUAAUCCCCCUCGAGGAACCCCCAAAACUAACUAGAAAAAUGUCAAGCCCGAGUGGCGAGCCGCCGUCCGCUACCGUUAGUGAUGGCGGAAACGGUUUUGUAGGAGGUGGUUCUGGCGAGAUUAUGUUGUUUGGCGUAAGAGUAAAAGUUGACCCCAUGAGGAAGAGCGUGAGUAUGAAUAAUCUUGCUGAAUACGAGCCUGUUAAUUACAACGACGACAAAACUAAUGCUAAUAACAAUGAUAAUGAGUCGUUGAAGACGGCGAAUGGUUAUGCAUCGGCCGACGACGCAGUACCGCAGCCAGGCAACGGGAGUCGGGAGCGUAAACGAGGAGUUCCAUGGACAGAGGAAGAGCACAGGCUAUUUCUCGUUGGAUUGCAGAAGGUAGGAAAAGGAGACUGGAGAGGAAUCUCUAGAAAUUAUGUUAAGACACGUACGCCAACCCAAGUUGCUAGCCAUGCACAGAAAUACUUUAUUCGCAGGAACAAUCUAAAUCGGCGUCGCCGUCGUUCUAGUCUCUUUGACAUCACAACUGACUCGGUUACUGCAAUUCCUAACAAAGAGGUCACAAGCCAUCAAGAAAGUGCAGCUCAGGCAAUUUGGCCACCAACCUCUCUGCCUCCUGCCAAAACUUCCAAUAUCGGUGGAUUCCCAGGCGUGCCCGUUGCUCCUGUUUUCUUACAUCUGCAAUCUGAGAACUCAAUGGAAAAUAUAACUUAUGGCCAAGACAAUCAUUUGAAUAAUACAUUGGAUAUGCGCAUUCAACCAGUUCCUGUUCUUCCUAAGCAUACUUCCUCAUCAAUGGCAGAUCUUAGCUUAAAUCAGAAUAUGCCAUUUGGGUCAACACAACUGUCUCUGGGGCUAUCAUUGUCAUUGGAUCAAGAUCCGUCAUCAACAAGGCACUCACCAUUCCAGGCGAUAACAAGCUUUGGAAAUGGAGAUCGCAUAAUCAGUGUUGCUUGAGGGAUGAAGGAACUUGACAAAAUAAAAUUGAAGGAAAAAAUGGUUCAUCAUAACUAUAUAGAUUCAAUUAAGAAAUCAGAAUGGUUUGAUUGAGAAGCAGAAUAGGUAAUUAAUUUCGCUAUAGUUUGAUCAUCGUUUUUGUACAAACUGAAAAAAUAUUGUGCUUUGCCGUGUCACUUGUUUUAAGCUAAUAUUUCAGAUUCUUGCUUGUUUGUGGUUGAGAAUAAAGUUGGAAACUUUGUCAUA